UGACCUGUCUCUGCUGCUACGUAGUCAGUUGAAGCGAGCCAGAGGACCGAAGGUUCUGGGUUAUAAGAGCUGAUAACGUUGACAACAGUUCAUUCGCUUUAAAGUGAGUGAAUAAGCUCUAGACAUUUUUUGGUUCGCCAGUGGGGGAUUUUAUCGAGGUGGAGAAGGAGAAGAAUAAAAAAUCGCUUGCUCGGUAGCACGACGAGUAUUGGACACAGUAGCUAGCUAGCUAGCAAGCUAACGUUAGCUACAGUAGCUAGCUAGCUAGCUACCUACAUACGUUUGAACUAACGUUAGCAAGCUUACUGCUUGCUACUGACCUCGCAAGCAGCUGACUAGGUAACUAACAAUUAGCCAGCUACAUAGUGAAGAACAUCUCGACAUCACCAGCCUGCUACCUUGUGUGCGGGUUCCGAGAAUGAUAAAGAAUGAGUCAAAGAGACACCCUGGUUCAUCUGUUUGCUGGAGGAUGUGGGGGCACAGUGGGUGCCAUUCUAACCUGCCCGCUGGAGGUGGUGAAGACGAGGCUGCAGUCGUCCUCCGUUACUCUGUACAUCUCUGAGGUGCAGCUCAGCACAGUCAAUGGAGCCAGCGUUGCUCGAGUGUCCCCCGGCCCCCUGCACUGUCUCAAGUUAAUACUGGAAAAAGAAGGCCCUCGUUCUCUGUUCAGAGGGCUGGGCCCUAAUCUGGUGGGUGUGGCUCCGUCCAGAGCGAUAUAUUUUGCGGCGUACUCCACUGCUAAAGAAAAGCUGAACAGCAUAUUCGAACCCGACUCCACGCAGGUGCACAUGGUCUCCGCCGGGCUGGCAGGGUUUACUGCUAUCACAGCCACCAAUCCCAUCUGGUUGAUAAAGACACGGCUGCAGCUGGAUGCCAGGAACCGGGGGGAGAGGCGCAUGAAUGCGUUCGAGUGCAUCCGGCGCGUGUACCAGUCCGACGGGCUCCGGGGGUUCUACAGGGGCAUGUCGGCCUCUUACGCCGGCAUCUCAGAGACUGUCAUUCAUUUCGUCAUCUACGAAAGCAUCAAGCGAAAACUGAUGGAGACCAAGGCCGCAGCCAACAUGGCCGCCAUGGACGAGGAGGAGGAGUCAGUGAAGGACGCUUCGGACUUUGUGGGUCUAAUGCUGGCCGCGGCCACGUCCAAGACGUGCGCCACCUCCAUCGCCUACCCGCACGAAGUCAUACGCACAAGGCUAAGAGAGGAGGGGACCAAGUACCGGUCUUUCUUCCAGACACUAUCUAUGGUUAUCAAGGAGGAGGGCUACCGUGCCCUGUACCGCGGUCUGACCACUCACCUGGUGCGGCAGAUCCCCAACACGGCAAUCAUGAUGUCCACCUACGAGCUGGUCGUCUACCUGCUGAAUGGCUAGCCCUACCCUCCCCUGCCCAGAGAGAGAGGGACCCGCCCAGGACAUCCCAUCAGAGACCAAAAGUAACAGAGGACCAGGGAGACCACCCUACCCCCACACAACCUGAUGCGCCACAGAAAUAGUUGCAUAGAGACAGAAAAUAUUGUUGUGGGGUGGGGUGGACAGGCUUGCAAUUGUGGACUCCAUUAAACAGGAAGUCAAAACGGGGGGUAAACAAAAAUAUGGCCAAAAGUGUACAUUUUGCGUACAGUUGACACAUUAAAACCAAGACCUGUCUCCCUUUCCCUCUCUCUCUCUCUCUCUCUCCCCCGUCUUUCUCUCCCCCCUCCUCCUUCAACUCUGUCUAUCUUCCUGUGUCCCUGCCUUCUGUCCUUCUCUCCUAAAAAAAGAAAAAAAAGCUGCUUUAGGAUGAGUUUGAAAAGAAUAUCAGAGAGGGGAAUGCUUGAAAAAGGAGUUUCGUUCAUGGUAACCCAAGUAAUGAACCAAUAUGUUACAGAUUUCCGGCAUUAUAUAUGCAAAGUGGUUUCUGUAAUAACCCCCUUUCAAAUUUAAUAGAGGCAUUUCAUGUUCUGCCUUUCUGUGGGCAAACCUUUUGGACCAUAUUGAAGUGUAGUUUUGGUAUGGAGUCUGUGAUGUGUGUAUGAGGCAGUUGGUAGUUUUAGAUUUGGGGUCUAUGGGAAAGGCACGGGGUGACAUUUUUCUAGAAAUUUAUGUUAUGUCCCUCCCAUUUGAAAUCCUGAAACCAAGGAUAUUUAUGACGUAAGACAGAGGAAAGGAAGUUCUCACAUGCACUGAUUCAGGAAAAACAGUCAUUUUAAGUCCAAGCAUUCCCCACUACUUCCAGUGCUCAGUGCCUUUUACGGAGGGUCAGAGCACAAUGAGACCGGUCAACUUGCGGUUGAUCUUUGGUCAGUUACUACAUGCUACACGUGGUUCAGCCAUGGAGAUUGUGGAUUUGCUCUUGCCUUUUGAGGAGUUUAGUUUUGCUUGUUUUGCGGUUUAUCUGGUUGGGAGCUUCCCUAAUGUCUUGGCACAUUAAUAUGGCCAUUUUUUGUGUGAAGGACUGAGGGUAGUGUCCUGCAUGGCGAUGCCUCAUUAUAAAACAUUGUUAACAGGUUUUCUGAAAUGUAUCUGCUGUGUGCAAGAACAUCGCUACUUGAAACUCGUGUAUGAAAAUUCUCUCAUUAAGACCUUUGAGGCACUUUUUUGACUAAAGUUGGUAUGCAGCUCAUUGUCAGAUUGGUAUAUGUUGCAUCAGGUGGAUGGGCAUGAGAAAACAGGCAUAGAGCAUUCCCCUUGUACUCCACCUGUUAAUUUACAGCACAUGUUUUAAAUAACUACUGAUCCCUUUUUGUUCCCAAAAUUUGGAAAAAAAGAGACGUCCAUUAGAUGUCUUGUUUUCCUGGAGGUAUGGUAUAUCGCCCUCUGGUGGACCGGAGGUGCCUCAAAACUGAAUUUCCACUGCAUCUGUGGCCAGAGAUCUGACAGGAGAACUUGCCUUUCUGCACUACAGUACUUGAACAGAUACCAGUGUGACAGACGUGAGAAUUUCAGUAAUGGCUGCAUAUCAACCUUUUUGUGAAAUGAAAACAUACAGUACAAAAAAUGUAAAUGAUUAUUACGCUAAAAAGAACUAUAUAUUUUUUGUUUAAGCUUCUAGGAAUAACAAUAGGCGUGCUGUUAAAAUGGAAAUGUGAGACCCGUCAGAAUGGGAGGGGCUGUGGGCGGCCCCCGACAACUCCACCCACACCGUGGCUUCAGAGUGACUCCUUAUGCACUUUUGUGGCCCCUUGGCUUGUGAUAAACGUUUUAUUUUAUCUGUUAUGUAUUAUUAAGAAAAGUGUUAUAAGCAAGACUACGUCUUGGCAAAUCCAUUGGAUAUCCAUUGAAGAUAUUGUACAGUUGAGUGUACAGACUAGUGAAGGAUAUUCUUAUAUGUGUGUAUAUAUGUGUAAUAUAUAUGUAUACAUAUACAAUAUCCAGUGUUUAUUGCUUAGGUCCAUACAUUAUUAUGCAGUAGUUUGCAGUUACUAAGUAUUUUUUGUUUUCAAAGAUGUAUCUGAAACUGGUGCAAAAUGGUGUGAGACUGUAAUGCAUUGUUUUUUUUCUUCUUUUUUUGUUAUUGAUUUAGCAACAUGCACCUCAAAUCCAUACCAGGUGCUGAACAUUGUGGUCCUUCAUAUUUUUAUUUAUUUUCUCAAUUUUUUUUAAUGGCAUCCUGUGAAAAUUCAGUGUUUCAUCUCCCCUUCAGUUUGUUUACCUUCAUACCCAUCUCCAUGGAAACACCCCCAGCUCCCAGUGCAGUGUGUGUUGGUGUUGUCCCCCCCCACCCCCACCCCUCCUGCCAUUGAACAGACACGCCAGUGUGCGAAGCCUUGUGAUUACACCCGUGGACGUCGACACCACAGUGAAAAUGGCAAACGAUCAGACGAAGGUGGAGUAACGCCUUAAAGGUCCAGCAGCAUGGCAGAUAAGAGUGUUUAGGAGGAUACGACACCAGUCUGAGACCUGUUCGGCAGGGCAUUGUUUCAUUGUGUGUUUGCGUCAGCCUUUCGUGCUUAUUCUGGGCCACGCCUCCUGGCUUGUGUGUCAUGUGACCUUGGGGUCGGCCUUUUCCUUGACCCUCCCUGGGACCUGAGACUGGAGUUCACUAAUUCCAGAAUUCCAGCUGUAGAACCCCCCACCCCACCCAAGUUCCAGAACUAACUUUAAUAUAAUGGAGGUCAAAAUAUUUUAAUUCUGAAUUGUUUUAAUCAGGCAAGGUACUGGUAAUUAUUUUAUUUUGAUGGCUAUAUCAACUGGGGUCUAAGCACUUAACUUGGGUUGCAGCGAGUGGCGUCUGUCAGCCGUGGUCAUCAGACAUCCAGUGAGCUUGUUCAAAGGUCUUACUGUGGUAGGAGCUGUAAGUGCUUCCUCUGUAUAAGAGGACCAGGCCCCUGAAAUCCAGGACUAAAUCUCUUCUCUACAUUCUUGAUUCAUCAACUCCUCACUUACUGCAUGUUUGCAACAAACAUAUUGGGUGCAUUUUCACAAAAGAUAUUUCUUACAAAAGGCAUCAUUCUGGAAUUGUUCACUGAAUAGAUUCAUGAACCCGGUUAGAAUUCACUUAAUAUUCCCUGCUGUUUUUUUAUUAUAAACGUUUAAAUAAUGUUUCUGUGUCACAAGACACAGAAUGCUCAUGUUCCGUUAUCCAGUGUUGUCUGCACAUGCACAGUAAAGGAUCUGGCAGGAUUGUGAACAUCUUUUCCAGCAUACAAUUGUUAUUGUUCUGGUGGAAUUCAUGUGAAGUCAUUGGCCCAGUUAUUAAAGUCAUGUCACUUAGUGACUCCAUAGUUAUAGACACUACAUUACUUAUUAACCCUCGUUUUUCAGUAUACAUUUUCACACAUUAUCCAUGAAUGCAUCUUCACAGCAGUUUAGGUUGUGUUUUACACAAAGUUUCAAUUGCUGGUACCCACUUGGGGGGCUAACCUUGAAACCUUGUAAUUGCCCAGUUCCCCAACCAGAUUAGUGCAGAGGACUAGUAUUGAUACUUCUAGUGUUAAACUUGCUGGUAAUGUACCAACGCACAGCGCAGUGUUAAACUUUCUGGUAAUGUACCAACACACAGCGCAGUUCAGACUCCACCCUGGACACUGUCGCUGCGUAAGCCUGGGAGCUAGUCUCUGAGGUGGUCCCAGCGUUACCUGACUGAAAUCACUUGUUUCCUCAUGCCAUGCUCUCACUAGGGAAGGUAAAAAUAGGUCGAACAGUGAUAUAAACCAUAAAAUACUACCAUACAGCACAUCAGCAUUUUCAACAAGGAGACUCCCAGAUUAUUUCCCACAUAUCAUUUUACCCCCCCACACCCCCCCCCGAUUUUGCAUUUUACCAAUACGGAGACCUGGUACUGACACAGAAUGUGGUGAUGCACUGUUUCCAUUAAUGCUAUGCUAGCAAAGCUGAUUAGCCUGUUUCACAGUAAUGAUUUUACAGUUGAAAAUGUUAUUUUCCUCAAUUGCUUUUCUCUUGUUCUUUAUUUUUGUUUUAAUUUGUUUUUAGCCUGAUGAAUAUGCGGUCAAUUCAGAGCCGCCUAUGCAUUAUCAAACCUCCUUUUGUACAAAAGUCAAUAAAAAUAAAGUUGCAAACUCCA